GUGGCAUAAAAGUAGGGGUCCAUGCGGUAUAGCCGUUGCCCGUUGGAAUGGUUAAGCGCUAACGGAAUUGCAUGUGAAGACUUGCAUAAUGCAUAACCUACGUACGUACACACGGAAUUCCUGGGAAUUAAGACCGAUCCGAUUAUGUCACCUUCUUCCAUUUUACGUUUUGUCAAAAACAAAUAUAUUUGUAUCAUAAGAGAAGUGAUAUCUAGUAGUAGUGAACUCCAUAAUCAAUCCCUAUAUAAGUGAACGAAUUAUAUACCAACUUCACUCAUCUCCUUUUUCCACUUCUUACUUCCUCCGAUCCUCUUUAGCCCCUCAGCAAAAUCAUGAAGCUUACAGAAUAUUCCCAUAUUUUAUUUCUUUCACUAUUCACCAUCAACUUCUACAUUAUAAACUCCGACGACAACGGAGGCUGGGAGAGAGGCCAUGCUACCUUCUACGGUGGAGCUGAUGCAUCCGGCACAAUGGGUGGUGCUUGUGGGUACGGUAACUUACACAGCCAAGGCUAUGGGCUACAAACCGCGGCUUUGAGCACGGCUUUGUUCAAUAGUGGGCAGAAAUGUGGGGCCUGCUUUGAGCUACAGUGUGAGGAUGAUCCUGAGUGGUGCAUCCCUGGUUCCAUCAUCGUUUCAGCUACAAACUUCUGUCCUCCAAACUUUGCCUUAGCCAAUGAUAAUGGUGGUUGGUGCAAUCCUCCUCUCAAGCAUUUUGACUUGGCCGAGCCUGCCUUCCUCCAGAUCGCUCAGUACCGGGCUGGAAUCGUUCCUGUCGCAUUCAGAAGGGUUCCAUGUGAGAAAGGUGGAGGGAUAAGGUUCACGAUCAACGGGAAUCCGUAUUUCGACCUCGUGUUGAUCACAAACGUGGGUGGUGCUGGAGAUGUUAGGGCCGUCUCUUUGAAAGGCUCAAAGACUGAUCAGUGGCAAUCUAUGUCAAGAAACUGGGGACAGAAUUGGCAAAGCAACACUUACCUCAGAGGGCAAAGCCUAUCUUUUCAAGUCACUGCUAGUGAUGGUCAGACUGUUGUGAGCUACGAUGUUGUCCCUCAGGAUUGGCAGUUCGGUCAAACUUUUGAAGGUGGACAAUUCUAGAUUAUGUACCAAGAUAAAGUAAUAGACAUUAUACGAGAAGAGGCAAUGAUUGUGUUUAAUUAAGACAAAACUCUGUUUUUCAUUGAUCAUAUCCACUCUUUUAUAGUAAUAACUCAUAAGAAAGACAAUGAAACAGUUAAUUUUGU